GUGCACUCCACGAUGAGGUUCCUCUCCCUCUCCUCGAUGCUGCUGUUUGCAGCAUCAGCAUUCGCUGACAACACCGACCCAGGCAUGGGUGGUUUGGUGCCUCCAGGCUUGCAGCCAAUUAUCACCCGCGCGGACGCCUUCCUGCAGGCUGGCCUCUGGUCUGACGCAGCCAAGACCUAUUCAGAGGCCAUCGACCUCUCUCCCACAGACUACCUCCUCUUCUAUAAGCGUGCCACGGCCUACUUCUCUGCCAACAGGCACACCCUCGCUCGCGACGACUUCAACAAGGUCCUCGAGCUCACUUCCCCCAACGAGUUCGACAAGGCUCUCCUCAUGCUCGCCAAGAUACACUCCAAGAGCGCCGAGUGGGAUGGUGCUCGGGAGAUGCUGGUGAAGUACAAGGCAAAAGUGCCUGAGGACCCGGACGUACCGGAAAUGGAGAACGACAUGCAGGAAGCGGAGGCGGCUGCCACGAAGGCAAGGAACGCACGGCGCGCGCAGCUCUGGACGGCCUGUUCGGAGUCUGCCACGCAGGCUCUUCGGGUAGCUGGCCUCUCGACCGAACUUCGCGAGGUCCGAGCCGAGUGCAAUCUCGCGGCCGGCGAGGUGCAAACUGCCGUCAUGGACCUUGGCCGAAUAGGACAGCUCACCACUCAGACAACCGACUCCCUCAUGCGUAUCUUCCGCCUCUCUUACUUCCUCUUGCCACCAUCCCCAGCAACGGCCAAGACAAACCACAUGACCCCUCUCAAAUCCUGCCUGCACCUCGACCCCGACUCGUCCACGUGCCUCCCGGCUCAUCGCCUCGUCAAGUCGCUCGACAAGGCUUUCACGAAACUCACAGGGCUCGUAGAGGCUAACGACUGGCGCGGCGUCAUCACGCACAUUGCAGGCAAGAGCCGCGAGUUCCCCGGUGACGGCCUCUUCUCUACCUUCGACGACGCGCUCGCGAAGCACGCUACCCCGGAUAAACUCGCGAGCACCAGCACCGCGCCGGUUCCUGAUCCGAAGAUGAGCUCGCCCCGGCGUGCGCUCAUCCUGGGUGCGGCAUGCCGCGCGUUCGUGAAGGUCAACACGCCCAAGAAGGGCGAGGCAUGGUGCGAUGCGCUCCUCGCUAUGGCCGCGGAGACCGUCACGGCGGUGAACGAGGCUCCGGGCGGCUCGAACAUCGAGGUAGACGCGUGGGUCGGCAAGGGUGAGGCGCUGCUCCUCAAAGAAGAGUGGGAGGAGGCCGUGCGUGCGUUCGAGCGUGCGUUCGAGGCGAGCGGGCGCGCGGACCGCGAGGUGCUCGGUCGGCUGCAGAAGGCGCAGCGGUUGUUGAAGCAAAGCAAGCAGAAGGAUUACUAUAAAGUCCUGGAUGUCCCGCGCGACGCGGACGCGAGAACGAUCAAGAAGGCGUUCCGUAAGGCGGCGAUGAAGGCACACCCCGACAAGGGCGGUUCUGAGGCGAAGAUGGCGACGGUCAACGAGGCGUACGAGGUGCUCUCGAAACCUGAGCUCAGACAACGCUUCGACAACGGCGACGACCCGAACGACCCCUCCUCAGGCGGUGGGCACCCCUUCACCGGUUAUGCCAACCCCUUCGGCAGCGGCGGCGGUGGCGGCGGCGGCCACCCAUUCGCGCAGUUCUUCCAGCAGGGUGGCGGAGGGUUCCAAUCCGGCGGCUCAUUCUCGUUCGGCCGGGGCGGACACGGACGCGGACACUAGACCACGUUUUAGCUCUAUUCGCACUCUUAGACCUACGUUCGGUCGCGGAACAUACCUAACCCGAGUGGCCCUUUUUCAUCCCUGCCCAUGGCUGGAGUCCGGUAUUUUGUUAUUAAUAGUGUGGCACUAUCUGUAUACAUGGCUAGCGUCGCUUGCACCCGCACAUCCAUAUAUUUUGUAUCUACUACUCUUUGCAUGUUACACGCAUGCGAGCAUGCAAUGAUUUGAGGGAACCGAUUAUGC